UCAAUCACGCCUUGUCCUGUCGGUCCGGUUUGUCUCCUGUCAAAAGUGAUUCGUCAUACGUCUGCAGGUGACUUCAACGCGUCAGAAAGCAUUAUGAAAGGCAGCAGCGGCGGCGGCGGCGGCUUGAGCUGGACGGUGGUGGUCCUGACCUGUCGACACACAGACAGUCUUUACUCUUUCCAGAGAGAGUUGGAGUUGCGGCAGCAGCGUGGCUCGCUCUCUCAGGGUGCGUUGGUUUUGACAGUACAAGACCGGCAGGAGCCACUGGGCAGUGGAGGAGCCACGCUUAACGCUCUCCUGGUCGCUGCAGAAUAUCUGAGCAGCAGAGCUGGACACACUGUGGUGACAGCUGAUGUUCUAGAUGAUGCUCAUAUCCUCAUUCUUCACUCAGGUCGGGAUUUUCCCUGGAGCUCCUGCUGUCGGGCAUUCUGUUGGCUGCCUCAGGAAAACCAUGACCAGAAUGUCCAGGCACAAGUCUGCUGUCUGGACCUCCUGCUGGACAUCCUCAGUAACCAGAUCUGUCGGAAUUCUCCACCUGGUGUUUGGGUCUGCAGCACUGACGCGAUUCUCACCAUACCCUCUGACUUUGGUUUGUCUUGGGAUGGUUUUUCUGGUGUUCGGGUUGUGGCUUUACCAGGCGACAUCUUCUAUGCAGCCAGUCAUGGAGUCUACUUGUGUGACCAAAAGGGUCAGGUCAGGGACAUCAUCUACAAGGGAACAAAGGAGCAGAUCCAACAAACUGCAAUGCCUGAUGGGAAAGUACCAAUGGUGUCAGGUCCAGUGUUUUUCAGCAGAGAUGUGUCAGAGAAGCUAUUGCAGACUCAUGUCACGCCACCUCUGGAUGGAUGCACAUACCUGGGUCUGGAUUCUGGAGCUCUGCCCCUCCAGAUCUCUCUUUUCCUGGAUGUCUUGAAGUGUCUCUGCUCAGAUCAGACUCAGGAACAGUUUGUGAAUGAGGAAAGACUUGGGUGCAGUUCUCCAGUGGGACCACAGGGGGCAGCAGUGAAGCGUGGCAGGGAAAAACUGUGGCGUAUACUGAGAGGAACUCCUCUCAGUUUAGUGUAUGUUUCUGGUGGUUGCUAUGAGUACCUCUCCCUGUCUGGGAAGCAGUAUAUCCAGAGCCUGGUCUCUAAUUCGACAGAUACAAAUACUCUGUCUCACAUUCAGAAUGUGCAUGUAGUGAACGAAGGAAGCCGGGUGAUUAACAGCAUCCUGGAGAUGGACGUUGCUGUUGCCACCGGAGCAGUUGUACAACACUGCCACCUACAGGGUCCUCUGGAAGUCCCAUCAGGUUGCUUACUGUCGGGUCUGGAGUCAUCCACAUCAGCAAGUAUCAGACACAUGGUGCUGGCCAAUGACCUCAUCAUCCAGGGACACCGAAUCGAGCUGGGAGAGCUGAAGCUGAACAUUUACACAGUAAUGGGAGCACACGAUGACCUGGAGGUCUGCUGUGAUGUCAGCAAAGCCUCCUUUCUCAACCAGAGUUGGAGCCUCUUCUACAGUCAAACUGGAAUCCAGCCAGAUGAGUUGUGGGUUCGAGGCCAACAGCGCUCCCUCCUGGAGGCUCGCCUCUUUCCAGUCUUUCACCCCAGAGGAGGUGCUGUGGGUGUGGAUGAAGGUGUCGGCUGGUUGCUGGGGAGCAACAGCGGCUCCCUGGAGAGGUGGAGGGAGGCGUGGAGGCUGUCUUUGAAAGAGGUGCUGUCGCUCACUUCCCAGAAGCUGGAGCUUAACUGGAGGGAGGAGUUACUGUUCCUGGUCGGGAGGAGGAGCGUGACUGAUGUUCUGACAAGUUGCACAGACAUCUGUCUGCUGCCUUGCAUCAGGGCUGCUGUGCAGGGAGGCCAGCAAGGGAUGCUGCUGGAAACACUGGACAGCAUCACAGCAGGUAGCAGGGUGGAGCCAGGAGCAAAUCUGGGUUUGGCUGCUCGCUGUCUCUCCUGUAUUGCUGAUGUACUGGUGUGUAUGGCUGGGAGAGGAGGGGGCCUGCGGAGCGGGCCAGCUGCGAAUAAGGCCUGGAGCUCUGCUUACAUCCUGCUGGAGGAGGGAAACCUGAGGGCUGGUGUAAAAGCGCUGGCUGCACAAAGAGACCGAUGGUUAAGCAGGCCAGACCUGCUAGUUCGGGCAGCACGACACUACGAGGGUGCUGGUCAGGUGCUGUUACGGCAGGCUGUGAUGUUAUCAAAGAGGUUUAUCUUCAUUGGCCAGGGGCAGCUCCCACCCAUGGAUGAGUGGCAGGAAGUGGAGUGUCCAGUCAGACUGGACUUGGCAGGUGGCUGGAGUGACACUCCACCAAUCGCCUUCGAGCAUGGCGGCUCUGUGACCAACAUUGCGGUAAAGGUGGAUGGGAAGCGUCCCGUUGGAGCCAAGGCCCGUCGCAUCAGAGAGCCCCACCUCCUGCUGGUUUGCCGCAGUGGAGGGCGGGAUGGUGGCAUUUCCACAAAGACACUCUGUGAAAAUCUGGAUGACCUGAAGGACUACUGUCAACCACAUGCACCAGGAGCCUUGUUGAAGGCUGUGUGUGUGAGCAGCGGUUUGGUGUCUCUCUCCUCCCAAAAUCCUCUGGAGAAUCAACUGAUGGAACAAUGGGGUGGAGGUCUGGAACUCCACAGCUGGUCAGAGCUCCCCACAGGAUCUGGACUGGGUACCAGUAGUAUCCUGGCGGGGGCACUGCUGGCUGCAGUCUACAGAUGUACUGGCCAAAGCUAUGACACUGACUCCCUCAUCCAUGCAGUCCUGUACCUGGAACAGAUCCUCACCACAGGUGGAGGCUGGCAGGAUCAGGUCGGAGGUCUGGUGGGUGGAAUCAAGGUUGGACGGGCCAAACCAUAUCUGCCCCUGCAUGUAGAAGUAGAACCUCUUAGUCCUCCACAGAACUUCCUCGUUUCACUGGAACAGCACCUCAUACUGGUUUAUACUGGCAAGACCCGCCUGGCACGCAACUUGGUACAGGAUGUGGUGCGUAGUUGGUACAGCCGUCUGCCAUGCAUGGUCCAAAAUGCCCAUCAGUUGGUGGCCAACUCGGAGGAAUGUGCCAGAGCCUGUUCUGAUGGAUCUUUGUCUAGACUAGGACUCUGUCUAGAUCGGUUUUGGCAUCAGAAGAAGCUGAUGGCUCCUGGGUGUGAUUCGGCGUCAAUCCGGGUUUUGAUGGAGGCCCUAAGGCCACUGGUCCUGGGUCAGUGCCUGGCUGGAGCUGGUGGUGGCGGCUUCCUCUACCUGCUGAUGCGAGAGCCAAACCAGCACCAAACCGUGCUCCAGGUCCUCAACAAUACACCGGGUGUGGGAGGCUUCAGCAUCCACACUGUGGAGCUGGACAUGGACGGGAUCACAGUCCUUCCACCAUCCUGAGAAGACAUUGAGCCA